AUGUCCGAUGAUAUGGAACUCCCAGGCCAAGUGGACUUCCCACGUUUGCGAAUGGGUGGGCUGCGAGGCCAGUUCUGGAGUGCUUAUAUUCCGUGCCCCAAAAAUUCCAAUAACUUCUCAGACAAUGCUUACCCAGAGAUUGUCCACGAUACCAUCCAACAAAUAGACCUCGUCCACCGUCUUGCAAAGCAAUUCCCACAACAUAUACGGUUCGUCUACUCCGCGGAAGAUGUAUGGAACAAUUUCGCCAAGUCCGAUGCGAUAUCCAGCCUCAUUGGCGUUGAGGGCCUGCACCAAAUUGGUAACAGCGCCAGCAUCAUGCGCAUGUAUCAUCAACUUGGCGUACGCUAUGUCACCCUUACCCACAGCUGUCACAACAAAUAUGCCGACAGCGCAUCCCCAGAAUUACCGCUCCAUAACGGUCUGUCACCAGCAGGAGAAGCCAUGGUUCGCGAAAUGAACCGGCUGGGGAUGGUCGUAGACCUGGCGCAUGUGAGCAGUAAUACAAUGCGCCAUGCGCUUAGGGUUUCGUCGGCGCCGGUGAUUUUCUCCCACUCAUCAAUACAUGCUAAGUGUGCGCAUCCGCGGAAUGUGCCUGAUGAUGUGCUUUUGGCGUUGAAGCGGAAUGGCGGUGUGGUCAUGAUUACUUUUUUCCCGGAGUAUACACGCUGCGAUGGCAAGGGAAGCGCGUCCUUGUCGGAUGUUGCGGACCAUAUUCAGUACGCGGGGGAAUUGAUCGGGUAUGCACAUAUUGGACUUGGAGCGGAUUUCGACGGAAUGUUUAAUACGGUGGAAGGACUAGAAGACGUGUCGAAGUAUCCGGAUCUUAUUGCAGAGCUGCUGCGACGCGGGGUGUCUGAGAAGGAUCUGAUAGGGAUUGUGGGGGCGAAUGUCCUAAGGGUGUUGAAAGAGGUUGAGGUUGAAGCUAAGCGGCUGGAAAAUGUUAAGCCUUUGCAGGAUAACAUCAUGAAUCUGAUUUAA